AUGGAGUCAAAGAUCAAAAGUGUUAUUUCAUAUCUUGAAACCAUUAGACAUUUAGUAUUGGUUAGAAAUGCUAAGAAGAGGAAUAAGUAUAGAGAGAAGUUUAAAAAGGGGAUUAGUUUAGGAAUAUGGAAGAAGAUCGAAGAUGCACGAGAUGAAUUCCGAAGAUACAAGAUAAAACACAACCACCGAAUGGAU